AUGGAAGGAACGCUUGAACAACGCGCCAACAUUAAAUUCUGUGUUAAAUUAGAGAAGUCACCAACAAAAACAUUACAAAUGAUUCAACAAGCCUACGGGGAUUCAGCUAUGCAUAAGAGUAAUGUUAUGAAGUGGUACAAACGAUUUCGAGAAGGCAGAGAGAAGAUAACGGAUGACAAACGAUGUGGCGCGCCGGUUAUCAAGGCAACGAACAAACAUCGAGAGAAGUUAGCGAUUUUAGUGCGGUCUAAUCGACGGCUAACACUUGCUAUGUUGGCUAAAGAACUUAAUAUUAACAGGGAAACCAUUCGUCAACUUUUGCACGAUGAAUUGAAAAUUCGGUCCACGCAUGCUCACUUUGGAGCAAAAACAAAGACGUUUGAACUUUACGAUCCUGAAACAAAGCGUCAAUCAAUGGAAUGGCGAUCACCACAUUCGCCCAAACCGAAAAAAGUGCGCAUGAGCAAAUCGAAAGUUAAAACAAUGCUCAUAACAUUUUUCGAUAUCCGAGGGCUUGUUCAUUAUGAAUUUGUACCACAAGAUCGUACUGUGAACCAGAUAUUUUAUUUAGGAGUACUGAAAAGACUGGACGUAGCUGUGAAACGAAAACAACCCAACUUGUGGAAAGAGCGGUCAUGGAUUUUUCAUCACGAUAAUGCACCGGCGCAUUCUGCUCUCUAA